UAGUGUAUGCUUGAACUCGGUCGGGUUGUAACGUCUGCGCCGACGCACCCCAUAAGUUCAUUGCAGCUUGGCGGCGCGACUUUUAGAAUCAUCGCUGUGUAACAGACAAUAAUUUGUUUACAUUUGAGACUAGAGUGAAGUGUUUCUUAACUGGAAAAAGAUAAAUAUGUGAAGUGAAGUAUUCGUACAUGUGUUACACAUGAUAAACUAAAAAGUGCAUCAGAAAAAUGCAUACUAUGGACACUUUAGGCUAUGGCCAUAAAAAAUAUCGGCCACCGCUAUCACCGACCAACUUUUAUCAACAUGAUUAUUACUCCAGACACACAACACUACGCCCACAGAGUGAAUAUCGAUUUGCUGGUGGAGGGUAUCCAAGAGUUGGUAGUGGAGGUGGGAGCCGCAGUGGGGGCGGCCUUUGCUCGGCUGCGCUGGUUGGAGGAGCGCUUCUUGCCGCAGUAGCAGUACUGGCAGUGGCAGCACUUGCCUUCUAUAUGGGCGCUUUAAGACCGGAUAAUGGUGAACCAAUAAUAACAUUCGAGGGAACGCUAAGGGUGACACGAGGAGACGUCUAUGGAGGAGCACCGGGAAGUCCAGCCUGGCGAGAAAGAGCUAGACGAUACGGUGUGUCUUUGAGGCAGGUAUAUGCCGCCCCGUCGCCCUUACGACAAGCAUUUACCGGCGCCAUCGUAACUGGUUUUGGAGACCGACGUUUGGAUGUACAUUUCAGACUAUAUCUGGAUAGAAGAAAAAUACCUAGCUCCUUAUCAAACAUAGAAGAAACGUUAAAAAAUAUACUCAUACAAGAUUCACAAUCAAAACAUUCUGCUUUUGGACAAAUAAAAAUAGAUCCUACCAGUAUAGUAAUAAAAAGAGAUUUAGAACAUACAUACCACUCAGAACAAUAUGUUAAAGAAGCAAUGAACGAAAGUAUGCCAACGAGUCAUCCAAAACUUUCUACGCCCCAGAAUGAUAAAGACAAAACCUUACAGAGUAGAAUAGGCGUGGUGCGAAAAACAACUAUAAAGCCAAAUGUGCAAGGGAAUAAGAAUGAUCCCGAUGAACCUGAUAUUGACACUGAAAAUAUUCCAGUGGUUCAAGGUUCAUUUGGUUCCUUUCAAAUAACUAAAACAGAAGCUGAUAUUACUGAAAAUAAACAAGCUAAGCACGAAGACAAGUUUAAUCACAAACAUAGCUUAGUUUCUAAAACUCCUAAAGCAACAACGACAUCUAUAACUUCGAAGCCUUCUACAACAAUUACUACCACUAAGGCGACGACUCGGAAAUUUCUAUCUUCGACAUCAAAGAAUAGGCCAUUUACAAUAAAAUCUGCCAUAAAUAUUAAACAAAAAUUGGAAACGGAAUCAAAGAAGACGGAUGAAGUUGUGCGAACUACGCGAAAACCACAACAGGUAACAACCGUAAAACUGACAACAACGACACCUACAAUACCAACAACUAGUAUCAUCACUACAACCACAAGCAAUGUGUCACAAAUUUUAUUCGAUCUGCUUACAAAUGACAACCAUGACAAGGAUCUACCGAAAAUCGAUACUUUAUUUACCGUUCCACAUGUUGCUAUUGAUAAUGAACCAUGGCGUCCAAUCACUAAACCCUACUAUGACACUACUAGUAAAGAUCCAAUAUUAGUUGAUAAACCAAGUGAGUCAAGUGUCAAUGAUAGAAUUGGAGUUGUAGAAGUAGUGGAUGAUAUUUCAAUUCUAGAGAGUAUGUUAACACCAAUAGCUCCGGGUAAACAUAAAAAGAAUCCUGUACAUAUUCCAAGUGGACUUUACAACGUAGAUCCGAAACUAACGGCAGAUAUUUAUGUUCCAAGUCCUGUAUAUACUAGUUUCACAUUACCAACUUUUGCACCACCACUAAAAGAUAUGGAAACAUUAGGGUCUAGUUACCCAAAGCCUUACCCUUUACCAGUAGACAAAAUUAGUGGGGUUGUAGACUAUAUAUCGGAAUCAAAAGAAAAUAUUGAUGACAAUGAUGGGAAACCGAUGGAAAGACCACCGAAAGAUAAAACAACGCUAGCGUCUAUUAAUGUUUUGCCAUAUCAACAAGAUAAUAAUACGGAACAAAUUUCUGUGGAAGGAGUAACUAUUGUCAAAAUAAAUAACACUUCAACCUUAUCUAAUACUGUGGCUACAAUUCCUGUAGAGACAACAAGUAGUCAAUAUAAUGUAAGCGAGUCGAAUGAAACUCCAUUAAAUAUGACAUCUGUAAAUAUCAUUGAAAACAAAAUGAAAGAGAAUACUACAAAGAGGCCAAACAAUAAAGUAUCGUUAAUCCCUACAACAAGUUCUCCGAUUCAUACUUGGGAACUAGUAAAUACAUCAACAAAUAAUAAUGAAUCAAGAAUUAAAGCAUCACCUGACAAAUAUUACAACGAUACUUUACAAGCUAUAAUUACAAAAAAUGACGCAUUUUUUCCAAACACCACACCAAAAUUUCAAAGUAAGAUCUCAAUUCUUCGGAAUUUAACCGAUAUAAUUAAGAAAUAUUCACAAAAUACUUCCCAAAAACCACCAGAACCCUUACCUGAAACCGACAAACCAGAAGUUAUGGCAAAGUCUGAUGAUUUUAGUAUUGAAGACGAUGUUGCCAUGCCAGGUUCUGUUGAGGUGGUUUCAGAUGAUGAAGUAGAAGUAACCACGGCCGCCGUUAUCACGUUGUUACCGGCAAAAUCCAAUCUUGGUGUUAAUAGACCUCUACGCCCACGUCCGAAAAUAGAAACUCAAACCUCAAAAAACUCAGUACGUGGGGUUUUUCGCGACACUACCCAUAGUGAAGAAGAUAUUCUGUCAAACGAUAAUACGGCUGAAGCUUCUGAAAUCGUGACAAUGUCCACAAGUAUGAAAGGACCUCAAGGCUUAGAUGGAAAAGACACAAACCUAGGACCUCAUCACCAUCGAACUAGAUUUCCUAAGUCUAAUGACAACUUAAACACAUAUUCAUCUUUUGAGGAUAAAACUAUUGGCGAUAAAAUAAAUAUUACAAAUAUACCACAAGGAACCUACAGAGUGUCUUACCAUGUCACUGGGAGCGUAAGCAGUAAACAAGCAAACAAAACCCAAGUUUUACCUGCGUAUGAGUUAGCUCUAGAACCAGAUGUAGUACUAGAGAUUCCUGUUAACCAGACGAGUACUCUCUCGGUCGAUAAGUUAAAACAACUCGCUAGUUUGGCCACUAUAUCGAAUUAUAAAAACAAUAGUUUGUUUCGUUCCGGCGGUAUAAUUUCAACAAAAGCUAUUCCUUCUAGUUAUACUUUAAAUCAGGCAGGGUUUAAAAUUUUAACAAAAACAUUUAAUAAAAUACAAUCUACCAAACAGGAUGAAAAUAGUUUUGAUAACUCGGAGAAAACUUAUAGCAAGCCAUACUUAGAAAAGGCGCACAAGGAAAAAGAGACGGUGGUAGAAAAAGCUGUAGAAGAAAUAUGUGAUAAUUCAACAUCAUUCCGGUGUACAUCAGGAACUUGCAUAUCUAUAACGUCAAGGUGUAAUCGUUUAAUAGACUGCCCAGAUGGAGAAGACGAAAGGGCUUGCUCGUGCGCCGAUUAUUUAAGAGCGGAAUUCUCCCAAUCGAAAAUAUGCGAUGGCAUGGUGGAUUGCUGGGACUAUUCUGAUGAGAAAAAAUGUGAAUGGUGUGAAGAGGGCCAGUAUGUUUGUGCGAAUGCCCGCCAAUGUGUGGAGAUGAACAAAGUGUGCGACGGAAAUCCCGACUGUCCAUUGGGCGAUGAUGAAAAGAGCUGCGUCGCGUUGGGUGAAGAAAUGGGAGAUAACGACGUCAUACCUUAUAAUGAAGAAGGUUUCGUAAUGGUUCGAAAGCGCGGUGUUUGGGGUAGACUAUGCGUGGAAAGCUUCGAUGCGGUGGUUGCUCAAGCACACAGUUCCCUAAAGCUUCCGGACUUGGGAAGAGCCGUUUGUCGAGCAAUGACAUUCCAAGACGCCCCAAUCGUAAGAGAAGCGAGGGAAGGCAGAAAAAUCAGUUCGGUAGGGUACUGGGAGGUUUGGCAUAACGCGAACGCACGCGCCGCCGAUACGCGAUUAACUUUCAAGCGAUCGACGUGCACGCGCCAUCGUGCUUUGAGAGUGCGUUGUAAGGAUCUCGAUUGUGGCAUUCGACCACAUGCGGAUGCUCAGCAACCGAGGGGAGCUAAUCGAGUGCGGUGGGGCAGGGUGGUGGGCGGCGGCGGCGCAGCGGCGGGGGCUUGGCCCUGGCAGGCAGCUCUCUACCGGGACGGGGACUUCCAGUGCGGCGCAACCCUGAUUUCUUCUCAGUGGCUGCUCUCCGCCAGCCAUUGUUUCUACCAGGCAACAGAAGCACAUUGGGUCGCUCGUUUAGGUGCUCUCCGCCGGGGAGCGUGGCCUCGAGGUCCUUGGGAACGAAUCGCUCGGGUGCGUCAAGUAGUGUUACACCCGCGUUAUGCGCCGCGCGGCUUCCGCAACGACAUCGCGCUGUUACGGAUCGAUCCUCAAGCGUUACACGCGCGACUUCGACCGGCUUGUCUGCCCCCAGCCCGCGCUCAACCACCCGCGGGACAAUAUUGCACUGUCGUUGGAUGGGGACAGUUGUAUGAACACGAGCGAGUGUUUCCUGAUACCUUACAAGAGGUGGAAUUGCCGGUGAUAUCGACGGCGGAAUGCCGUCGACGAACGCGUCUUUUGCCUCUCUACCGUGUCACUGAAGACAUGUUCUGCGCUGGUUAUGAACGAGGCGGAAGAGACGCAUGCCUUGGCGAUUCGGGAGGACCGCUCAUGUGCCAGGAAUCGGACAGAUGGUACAUCUACGGUGUCACAAGUAAUGGUUACGGGUGUGCACGAGCCAAUCGCCCCGGAGUUUACACUAAAGUGUCGAACUACAUAGAAUGGAUCGACAGCGUCAUAGAAACAUACACGCCACAUAAUGAGACGGAAUUCCCGAUCAACGAAACAGACUCCAGCGAAGAGUUCUACGCUGACCUCGAGACGGCGGAGAACAAGCGGGCUGUUGUCAAACCAUUUGAUACAUGUAGGGGCUUCCGGUGUCCUUUAGGCGAAUGCUUGCCGGCGUCGAGCGAGUGCAAUGGCUUUUUAGAAUGUUCUGACGGAAGUGACGAAUCUCAGUGCAGACAAGAAUCGAACUCUAAAUCCAGAUUGAGCUAGUAAUUAUAAUUACUUUCGACUGAUAUUUUAUAGGUAGAAUAAGAUGUUUCAUUUAGGGCUCUGUACAUAUAGAUGCGCCCGAUAACUAUCGCUUUAUGUAACUAUUUAUUGAGCAUGGAUAACC